CAAGAGGUUUGAGAAGACCACCUGACGCAUUCCCUGGGACCUUUCAGUCUUUAUAAGGAAGGGCUCCUUAGGCAAGACCGCAGCGACGUCAGGAUGGAGGCCUACCACAAGAUGGAAGGUGGCAAAGAGAUGCUCGAAAGACCACCGGUCUACACCGCCUCUCCUCGGCUGCCUGGACUGCCCUGCAAGAAGCCCCUGAUCAUUGUGGUUGUGGUGGUUGUGAUUGUCCUGGUUGUGUUGGGCUUCCUGCUGAUGGGGCUGCACAUCACGGAGAAGCAUACGGAGACGGUCCUGCAAAUGACCAUCCAAGGUCUGGAUGGCAAAGGGUCUCCGCAGCAUCUCUCCAUGAGCCGGAAGGAGAGGCUGGCCACCUUCCACGUCCAUGGAGCGGCCAACACUUCUGCCACCGUGGUCUACGACUUCGGCAAUCUUGUGAUCGGCUACCGAUCUUGGCCGGAAGGAAAAUCCUGUUAUCUCACCCGAAUGGAUAAGGAGAACAUCCAAAGCCUGGAUGAGGUGGUCAAGGUGUUCCAGCACACCCAGCCCAAGCCUUUCCUGCCAACCUUCAAAAGGGGCAAAGAAAAGGAGACAGAAAGUGACCCACAGGCCCUUGCUGACCGCUCCACGCUGGGCACCACCAUCAACAUCCUUUGCAGCAGCGUGCCCAUCUACUGGGCAUAGACAGAGACCUAGAAGAUUUGGGAUGCAUCUACACGGCCAAAUUAAUGCAGUUUGGUCCCACUCAAUGCUAUGAGACCCUGGGAGUUGUCUAUGGCAGAGAGGGCUGGAGACCCUGCACAACUACAACUCCCAAGGGUUUUCAUAGCAUUGAAGGGUGCAAUCGUUGCUGGGCUGAUGGGUCCCGAGUUCAAAUCCUGAAAAGGAGUGGAUCAUAAACAAUAUGUAAUGAAGUAUUUCAUGGCCGGAAUCGCUGGGUUGAUGUGAGUUUUCCAGGCUUUCUGGCCAUGUUCCAGAAGCAUUCUCUCCUGACGUUUUGCCCACAUCGAUGACAGGCAUCCUCAGAGGUUGUGAGGUCUGCUGGAAUUUAUAUAUCUAUGAAAUGAUGUCCAGGGUGGGAGAAAGAACUUGUCUGUUUGAGGCAAGUGUGAAUGUUGCAAUUGGCCAACUUGAUUAGCAUUGAAUGGCCUUGCAGCUUCAAAGCCUGGCUGCUUCCUGGCUGGGGGAAUCCUUUGCUGGGAGGUGUUAGCUGGCCCUGAUUGUUUCCUGUCUGGAAUUCCCAUGGAAUUUGAGUGUUGCUCUUCAUUUAAAAAAGGUAAAUGUUUCCCCUGACGUUAAGUCUAGUCAUAUCUGACUCUGGGGGUUGGUGCUCAUCUCCAUUUCUAAGCUGAAAAGCCGGCGUUGUCCAUAGACACCUCCAAGGUCAUGUGGCCAGCAUGACUGCAUGGAGCGUCGUUACCUUCCCACCAGAGCGAUACCUAUUGAUCUACUCACAUUGGCAUGUUUUCGAACUGCUAGGGUGGCAGAAGCUGGAGCUAACAGUGGGUGCUCACUCUGCUCUCUGGGUUUGAACCUGAGACUUUUCAGUCUGCAAGUUCAGCAGCUCAGCGCUUUAACACACUGAGCCACCGGAGGCUUUAUUUACUGUCCUGAUUUUGGAGGGUUUUUUUUUAAAUACUGUUCAUUUUCAUGGUUUCCUCCUUUGUGUUGAAAUUGCCCACAUGCUUGUGGAUUUCAGUGGCUUCUAACACCUCCCAACAAAGGAUCCCCCCAGGUAGGAAGCAGCCAGGCUUUGAAACUACAAGGCCAUUCAAUGCUAAUUGCAACAUUCCCGCUUGUAUCAAACAGGGAAGAGUUCUUUCUCCCAUCCUGGACCUCAUUCUACAGAUAGAUAAACCCCACUUGCCUAGUUUCCAAGAGACCUCACAACCUCUGAGGAUGCCUGCCAUAGAUGUAGGCGAAACGUCAGGAGAGAAUGCUUCUGGGACAUGGCCAAACAGCCCGGAAAACACACAGCAACCCAACUGUAUAACAAAAUGCAAAACCAGUGCGCAGUGAGUAAAAACGAUAAAGAAUUCAAGGCGAUGAACUAAGACAGAUUUGAUUUGCUGUUUCUCUAUUUGCAAGAAUGUUAAGCUUUGUUCAAAUACAGCCGCAACUCACCCAGGCCUACUUUUCUUUUUUUAUCCGCUGCUUGCUCAAUCUAUAAUAAUAUAUGAUGUGUAAGAUAAUAAUAAACUAAUACAAAAGUU